GUGAGCUCCAUCAACAGCUCGGAGCAGCAGCACGAAGAGGAGCAGAGUGAUGUCCAAAACCCAGACGAGGCUCUCGUCUCUGGACAGAGGGUGGAGGGUGAGGCAUUCGUUUCCAGGGGGACGGACAGAUCAGGCUUUGAGGACAACCUCUUUCUCCCCAGCAAGCAGGGCCAGUCUCUGUCCACCUCCUUCUCCCAGUCAGCGGAGAUCUUCCAGGAGCUCCAGCAGGAGUGCAUGAGGAGGCUCAAUGUACCGACUGGAAGUGCUGCACAGUCAAACUCGCCGUCUCAGAGCUCAGUGUCGUGUCCUCAGACUCCACAGACUCAUGAGGCUCAGAGUGUCUUCUCCUCCACUGAGGACAGACCCCAGAUCCCCCCUCGUGUCCCCAUUCCCCCUCGCCCCAUAAAGAGAGGCGACUACACAUCUGCCCGCUGGUCAAGGGAUCUCUCGCUGUCGCCGACGCCGGCUGACACCACGGAGGACAUUUCAGUUCCAGGACAGGAGCGACCACCUCAAAUCCCCCCCAGGGACCCUUUGUCCCAGCCAGGAUCCAGGACUCCCAGCCCCAUGGCGCUGGUGGUGGGCUCCCCCCAGCAGAGAGUCUACUCCGUCAGCCCCUCCGCCAUGCAGGCGCCCCUCACCUCCUGCCCCGCCACACACACCUACGGCUCCUACCUCUCCACCUCUCCAGGUAAACUCAUGCCGACCACACACAGCUUCGCCUCAGAUCCUAAAUAUGCUGCACCCAAAGUCAUCCAGGCGCAGGGGAAGGACGCCGCCAGCAAGGGCCCCUGUAUCCUCCCCAUCGUCCGCGACGGACGUAAAGUCAGUAACACCCACUAUUACCUUCUGCCAGAGAGGCCCCCGUACCUCGACCGCUACGACCGCUUCUUCAGGGAGGCGGAGAGCCUUCCUGCCGGUGGCGUGGACGAGAGGCCUUUACGGCAAGCUAACACCGCCACCGUCAGACCCAUGGUGGUCAGCAGCCAGACUCUCCAGGGACACACCCAGGGACAGGGUCUCGUCCAGCCUGGAGAGCUGAAGGCUAAUUUCUCCUCCAACAAUAACAGCAGUCUGGGUGGGCCGCGGUCAGGGAUGAAGACAUCAGUUAGUCUCCCUCGCGUGUGUUCAGACGGGCUGACGGCGGCGGCGGUCACUGCUUCCUGCAUCAGGACAGACGGAGGAGGGAGCUCAGCUGACAGGGUCAAAAUGGUGCAGGAGGCAGUUCACGGUGUCACAAUAGAGGAGUGCCAGGCCGCCCUUCAGAACCACAACUGGAAUGUCCAGAAAGCUGUUUAUUAUCUGAAGGUGGAGCAGUUGUUCUGUUUGGGUCUGAGGAGCAGGUCAGAGUGUCUAAAGCUGCUGGAGAUGUGUGACUGGAACCUGGAGGUGGCCAGCACUCAGAUGUUAGACAACUAUGGAUCCACAACAAGACAGAGGUACUCCACUGCACAGCUUUGAAUCAUGACUUCCCAAAAAGUAUUUAUAACUUUAA